GUUUCGCUCAGUUCUCUCCCAGCGCUCCAUCGGUCAGGUCACGUCUCGCUCUGCUCGGCUGCAAAGACACGCUGCUCACUCACUCACCCCGUUUCCACUCCGAAAAUCCUCAAAUUGUGACCAUUGUGUCCUCGGUCCUUGGUUCCCGAUCUGAAAAAGGGUCCGGAAGGCAUCUACAAAAAGUUAUCUCUCAUUUGAUACUUUCAACUUGAAAGGUUUUGUUGUGAUUUGUAAAAUCGCGAAAGUUUCAAGGUGGUUCGAUUGGGAAGUUGGACACUUUAUCGGAGAAGAGAAGAACAGAAAGAAGAAGCUUAAUUUAAUUUAAUUGGAGUCAACAAACAGCAGAAAAAGACGAGAAGAGUUGGUGAUCGUGUCCCCCAUCUCGACUUGUUCUCAAACUGACGGUUUUCUUCUUGGCACAUGCAAUUAAGCAACUCGUGGGUACAGGCAUUCAUACAUCUGACAUUUGUGUGGUUUUGAUGAUACAAAUACGAAUAGAAGAAGAAGGUCACAUCGAGUUUUGGAGAGUAAUUAUAGGCAGUUUUAUAUGACCUAACUCAACGACCACCAUAAAACCUGCCUCCCUACAGCCAAGUACUUGAUACCACGACAAUCUAUCUUUGAUCACAUCAUCAACUCUCAACAUUGUUGUUGUCAUUAAAUAAGGAACAUUAUAUAAAAAACAGCAAGCCGGUUUUCUCUCCGUCUGUUCCCCUUCUGCAGCACACAACCUUCAUCAUUAAGAAACUCCUUACCUGUGCAAAUUGGGAGAACUAACAAGACUUCAAGAGUUGUAAAAAAUUGCGAUUAAUUGAGUGCGGAAAAGACAACAAUUACUGGCCAGAGCUGCUACUUGUCUAUCAAACUAGAACGAGACUACCUGGUGUUUGUGUCUGGACCAAGAUUUAAAAAAUAUGUACAGUUGGUGAUCAUAAAUCAUUGCAUUCUCUCUCACACACAGUGUGAACAGUGAACUUGUGAACUCACUUUUGGGAUUAUUAUAUUUUUCUUGUGAUUAUCAGACUUAAGUAAUUUCAUGAUGGAGUACAACAACGGAUACCCACAACCCAGGAUGCAAGUGCCACAUCAAAAUUAUCAGACUUGACGGAGAUUUGAUCUGCAUCAUCUUCUGCUGUGGAACAUCUCUCUCUGUCUCUCUCGCUCUGUUGUAAUUGCGAUUCCUCUCCUCCCAGCUUGGGAGAGACCUCGUGAGACAGCAAAAAAGAACUUAUUCUGGCUCCGGAAUAAGACUCUGAGUGUUAAAGUGCGCCUACGAAAAAAUACCCACGCAAAUCCGCAAUGUUGAACAACGGGGGUUUGAAUAGUGGGGGGAGUUCAUGUGGGAGUAGUAGCGGUGGGAUGGGGACGCCGGAUCUGUAUAACGGAGGGCCGAGCCCCACGUCCUCCUCCUCCGACUACCCGCCAGCCCCCACCAGUGCCAGCAACUUCCCCCAGCAGCACUACGCACAACUCCCCCCGCACCACCCCCACCAUCGCUCCCAUCACCCCCACCAUCCUCACCACCAGCAGCAGCAUGACCAUGGUCCCCUGGGGAAUGGGGGCGGAGGAGGACUGGGACACCAUUCGGGAGGAAUUUGCUCACAAAUGAGUCUCAAUCAAGGGGCAUGUCCUCAAGACUCGAAAAUUCGUUCCUGCGGUGGGUGUGGAGAUGGGAUACUGGACAGGGUACUUUUCGAAGCAUGGGACCGCUACUGGCAUCAUUCCUGCCUCAAGUGUGCCCUUUGUGGCUGCCAACUCGCAGAUAUUGGACCCACCUGUUUCUCCCGGGAUGGAAUGAUGCUCUGCAAACAAGACUAUGUCAAAAUGUUUGGAGUCAAGGGGGCGUGUCGCGGGUGCGGUCAACACAUCCCUUCCAAUGAGUUUGUGAUGCGAGCGGGUUCAUCCCCAAUGGGUGGUCCAACCAUGGUGUUCCACGUGGGGUGCUUCACAUGCUCGAAAUGUUGCAAAACUUUGGCAACCGGUGAUCGUUACUCAGUCCUCAAUGGUGCACUCUUUUGUGAGCAGGAUGCGCUUAAGGUCAUGAAGCAGAAUGGAAUAGGAUCUCCUGGGAAUGGUUCCGUGGCGGCGACCAACGGUCCGACCCCCGCGCCCAGAAAAGGGAAGGUCGGGAGACCCAGGAGGAGUCGAGACUGAUCUUAUGAUUCUGGUGCAAUGCUAUAAUAAUAUCCUUGCUCUAUAACCAUAGAUAGAAAUACAUAACUGUGUCGUGUACCGGAGAAAAGUCGUCGUUCUUGGUGUGUGGAGGAACCAAACAUACAAAAACGAACAAUAAGAACUUAUACAUAUAUUUUAGCGAUAGUGAAAUACACAAGCAGUGAAAAAGUAAUAAUUACCACGUACGUAAAUAUCUAUUAAUGGAAAACUCUCAAUUUCUGCUAUUCGGAUCGGAUAAAAUUGUCAAUCAUCAUCCCGCACCAACGCCGCCACCACCCUCGUCAACUUCAUUUCCAGAAAAUAAAUUUCCAAUCUGCUGGCCGAAAUUUAGGAAACUAUCAAGGAGUAAUGGAGCGAUCGAAUCAAUGCGUGUCCAUCCAUUCAUUUAUAAUUAUUCAAUCCAAAUCCAGCCUAACCAAACCUCCUUCCUUUCGAUAUUCAUGUGUCAAGUUUGACAUUUAAUUUAAAUGCAUUCAAGAAACCCAACUGAUUACACAUUGCAUAAGACGACGUCCUGGAUAUCUCUCAUUUCCUCUGUCCACUCGCUACUUAUUUACUUGUCCGCUGUGCGCAACCAAGUGCUGAUGGGAUCUCAAACAUACUCAAAAACAGGACGAGUUAUUGGGGCCGAGGAAAGUAUUAUUAGUAUCGAGAAUAUUGAACACGCUGUUUUUUGAGCAAAUUGUUUCUGGACCAGCGGAGUGGAGAAAACAUAUAAAUCCAUCUUCUCUCUCCGAUCGGACAGACGUGGUUAAACUGCGGACUGGACUUUACUAGAUUGACCAAGAGGAGGAGGAGGAGGAGAAGAAUUGAUUAAGAAUCUAAUUGAACAAGACAACCCAACGAGGGAAAAUGAAUCUUGUGAUGUGUCCAUUGUUUGUCCAGUCCUACGCAACCAACCUUCGCCAUAUACAUUUCUAGAUAUCCUCAAAAGAGCCAGAGGAACAAGAGAUUUCAUGCCUGUUGAGUCCAGAAGAGUCGUCCUUCUUCUCGUAAUUGCCCACAAAGAGGAUCCAUGCAGACUUUCUUCUUUCAAGGAAACACAGUAAAUACACACACUUUAUAAAAUUUUGGACUACGAUAUCGCACCAUUUUUAGACUUGGCAAGCAAAUAUAACAAAUUCAAGAGUAAAAAAUUAUUUAGUAUUUCAAACUUGAUAUCCUAACACUAUACACAUUUUAUAAUAACGACUCUUACAAUACUGCAUCGAGAAGAAGUUUCGAUGAGUGCGUGGGUGCAGUGGAAACGAAUUACACAUAAAUCGGUAUCAUUUUUUGACUAUUGCAUUUCAUAUGUAGUCCAUCCGCCUUUUCAAGUAUUUACAAUGUAGCUACACACACGUGUAUUUGUAGUGCUAAUUAAUUCGGUUAGUUUUGACGGGGAGAGGAAAAUAUGUACAAAUUUAUUGUUAUACUUGUUUCUUCUAGGUCACUUUACAUAAUUUUCAUUCUCUCAUUAGUUCAGGUGACGAUGUCAUUUCAUUUCUUAUCAAACAAAGUAUACUAUUAGUUUACAUGUUAGAAAACUUAGUUGCAUUUUGUACCAUUUUUUGUUCAGAUGAUGACGAUGUAACGAAAUGGGAGAAGAGGAUGACGUAUACUUUUUUAGUAGUUAUUGUUGUAUGUUAAAACCCUUAAUUAAUGGUGAGCAUUAGAUAACAUAUUGAGAAUAAUUUAUUAUUGUGAAAGCACUUUCCAAUCAGCACGUAUCUAUCUGCAUAAUUGAAACAAUUCAACGGGGCCUCUGAUCAGGGUUGUAUUUUGGAGUGGAAAAUCUGAUCAUUUACAACAAUUCACCUAAAAAAUAGUAAUUUUAAGACAAUGCCUGUCCAAAAUAAAACCCGGGUCUAUUGUUCUUCGGGGAACGAUCUCAAUUAUAAUUAUUUUGUGACAAAAAAACGAUUAAUUGCAAAUUCAUGCAGAACAGAGCCACAUGUUCCUACCGUGUAUAUUUAAAUUACAUAAUUGACAAGGAUAUCUUAACUCCUUCUUAUUUACGUAUAUUAAUUAAGCAAGUUAUAUGUUCACUCACUCAAAUCAUGUAGUUGUAUUUGUAUAAAAAACAGUGUACAUAAAGAAAACAAAAUCCCACGACACGUAAUUUAAAAUCACUUACAUAACUUGGAAAAGAAGAAUCAUCAUCUUUAAUUAACGUAACUGAAAAAUCAUGUAAAAUGUAGUUAUUACACAAGUGUAAACGUAUAUAACAUAGCAUAAGCUAAUAAUUAUUGCGUAAUCUAAAAUACAGCAUAAAUAUCACGACGAAAAUAAUUAUAAGAUUUUUGAACGACUUGGAAAGUUGUUGUUUUCGUAACGAAAUAUUAUUAUACUACUUAUUAUCAUUGUUAUUAUUACUUAUGCAUGCGUAUAGGGUGACGCGCGUAUGCUGAGAAGAAAUUCCAAAAUUUAUUGAAAUGUUUCAAUAACGGAUGGAGCAUGGGAAUUGAAGAGAAACCAAUAAAUAAAGUUAUUAUUUAUGCAUAA